AUGAGAGCAGGAGGACAAAGGAGAGGACUCUUUCUCAGUAUCAUUUUGGUUUGUUUGGAGCAGGCUGCAGCACAGAUCAAAUAUUCCAUCGCAGAGGAAGUCAAAGUGGGAACGGUGGUGGGGAAUGUUGCCAGGGAUCUUGGACUGGACAUUGGUACGUUGGCGGAGAGACGUUUUCGCAUUGUUUCUGGCUCAGAGGGGGCUCAGUUUGAGGUGAAUGUGAACAAUGGGGUCCUGUUUGUUCGUAAACCUGUUAAUCGAGAGGCGCUCUGUGAAGGCGUCCCACCAUGUUUAAUCAAUCUGAAAUUAGUUGCAGAAAACCCCAUGGAAAUACAUCAUGUUGGUGUAGAAAUUACGGAUAUUAAUGACAAUUCACCCACUUUUCAAGAGAAAGAGAAGAUUUUUGAAAUAUCUGAAUCAAUGCCUGCUGGAAAACGCUUCCAAUUACCAAGUGCAUAUGAUCCAGAUGUUGUUGUCAAUACUGUGCGAGUAUACAAAUUAAAUCCAAAUGAAUAUUUUAAUAUCCAAAUCCGAGAGCGGGGAGAUGAUAAGAUACCCUUUUUGAUUUUACAAAAGCCUCUGGACCGGGAAAAGCAUACUGAGCACAGACUUGUUCUUACUGCAGUUGAUGGUGGAAAUCCACCAAGAUCUGGAAGUCUAAAUGUGACAGUUAUAGUUCUCGACUCAAAUGAUAAUGCACCACAAUUUUUACAAGAAGUAUAUUCAGUGAAUUUAUCUGAAAAUGUCAAAAAAGGAACAAAGGUCAUCAGGGUAGAAGCAACUGACGUGGAUGAAGGGCUGAACGGAGAAGUGGAAUAUUAUUUUGGAGGAGAACUUGACUCUGAAAUCUAUGAAAUGUUUAGUUUGCAAAAAAGCACUGGUGAAAUAAAAGUAGAAGGCCAAAUUGAUUUUGAAAAGGCUGAUGUUUACAAAGUAGAUGUCAAGGCUACAGACAAAGGACAACCUCCCAUGAGCACUGAUUGCAUGGUGAUCAUUAAAAUUCUUGAUGAAAAUGACAACCAGCCUGAAAUAGAAGUGACUUCUCUAACAAAAAUGAUAGCGGAGGACUCCAAACUUGGGACAGUCAUUUCUCUCAUAAGCAUCACAGACAAAGAUGUCGGCUUGAAUGGAAAAAUAAUCUGUAGUAUUUCACAAAAUGUCCCAUUUGAAUUAAAACCUUCAUAUCAAGAUAACAUGUACUCAGUAAUACUAAAAGACAGAUUGGAUCGAGAAUUAAUUUCAGAUUAUGACAUCACUAUCACGGCUACAGACUGUGGUCAACCUCCUCUUUCCACGUUUAAAAUUAUUCAUAUUGGUGUGUCAGAUGUGAAUGAUAAUAGUCCGACCUUUUUACAUAACCCAAUCCAACUUUAUUUGUUGGAAAAUAACAUGCCAGGGAACUCAAUUUUUUCUGUCACUGCUUUCGACAAAGACUUGAAUGAAAACGCAGCCUUGACAUAUCACAUUAGCAGGGGAGAAGGAAGUCAAGUUAAAAUGUCAACAUUUUUAAACAUCAACCCUGAGACUGGGGACAUAAUAUCACUAAAAAGUUUUGACUUUGAGGUGCUGAAAAGUUUCCAUUUCCAAGUGGUGGCCACAGAUGGUGGAGGUCCUCCAUUGAGCAGCAAUGUAACUGUGAACGUCUUCAUUCUGGAUCAGAAUGACAAUGCUCCUGUCAUCCUGUAUCCAGUCAGCUCCAACGGCUCUGCUGAAGGUGUGGAAGAGAUUCCUCGCAAUAUAAAAGGGGGAGACUUGGUGACAAAAAUCAGAGCCUAUGACGCUGAUAUAGGAUAUAACGGCUGGUUACUCUUUUCAUUUUGGCAAGUCACCGACCACAGUCUCUUUUCUUUGGACCGCUAUACAGGCCAGAUCAGAACACUUCGCUCGUUAACAGAGACGGACGAGGCAGAGCAUCGACUGCUCAUACUGGUCAAAGACAAUGGCAACAUUUCACUCUCAGCUACAGCUACUGUGACUGUCAAACUUGUUGAGCCCAAAGAAGCUUUCGCAGCUUCAGAUGUCAAAAGUGCAGCAAAAUUGGACCAGGAGGAGGACAAUGUGACUUUUUAUCUCAUCAUCACUUUGGGUUCGGUCUCACUUCUUUUUGUCAUCAGCAUCAUCGUGCUGAUUGCCAUGCAGUGCUCCAAAUCCACAGAGUACACUUCCAAAUAUCUCCAAGAUGCUAACUAUGAUGGCACACUGUGUCACAGUAUCCAGUACAGAUCGGGAGACAAACGCUACAUGUUGGUUGGACCCAGAAUGAGUAUUGGUUCUACUAUAGUCCCAGGAAGCAACGCUAACACUCUGGUGCUCCCUGAUAGGAGACACACUUCUGGGGAGGUAAGAUUUUUUUAA